GAUAAUCAGCACAAAACAACUACCGAGUGCGCCUGCCAUUACCAAGGUGUUGUCAUUUGCUGGAAACAAGAUGAUUGAACCAUACAAAAUUGCAGAGGAGAAUACAGCGGCAUACACACAAUUAUGCCAAAAAUUUCUCCAAAGCAAAGGCCUGUUUCAGUGCCAACACAGAGAUUGGAUGUCAGAGGUCGACCUGGAAGGGAACCCCAAUGAAAGCGAGGAGAUGGAAGAGACAGAGGAAAGGGAAGAUAAGAAAGUAGACAAGAAAACGUUAACCCACACACCCAAAAAGCUAAAGAUUGAGAGCAAACCGUCCUUUUCCUCAGAAGCCGAUCCUGACCUAAACGAAACCAUUACAUCCGGCACAAUGGACUUCAAAUCUCUGCAGAAAAAGGUUGUGGCUAAUAUCAACACCUCGGCCAAAUUAGACUUUGACGCACUGCAGUCCAUUGACCCCAAGACAGUGUGUGAAAGCGGUGUUCCGUCUCCCGCAGAUGAGGUUCUGGUGCAAGUUUGCAAGAAGUGCGAGAAGCUGGGCGAUAAUGUUGUGAAGACUGUUUGCACCCUUCUUAUAUUGCCUAAGCUGUAUCAACUAAAGAGCAAACUGGCGACAUCAACCUGUGAUGCAAUGACAGACUUCAUGAGAUGGCAUCCCUCUACAACCUUGACGCAGGCUCUCGUUCCUCUUUUGCAACAUUGCCCCGACAUGCAAGAGCAACACAGGGAUGCCAUAGCUCAGUUAAUACAAAAAUGUUCGCCAUCUUUAGUUACGCAGCUGUUAAGUGCAAUAUCAACCAGAGAGAGCAGCACCAGUGACAUUGAGGUCCAAAUCUUCCAGCUGCUGUGUGAAAGGGCCAAUCACCAAGCCCAGGCAACUCAUGAGGCCACCCUCACAUACCUGGGCAAGGCUUCUGAGACACACAAGAAGUCAAUAAAGUUUGGACACUGUCUGCUCUUCGUGGUCAAGAAGAUGGGGGCUGUUAUGCAAGAUCGGGAGGGCUUGCAACACAUAGUGAACAACCACAGCUCAAGUUUGAAAAAGGCAAUUGAAGUGCAGCUUAAAAAGAUUGAUAGAAAUAGAUGAUGUGCGUAAUAACUUAAUAUUUAAUAAUACUAAUAUCAUGUAUUGUUAUUAUGAUUUGUCUGGAUGUGUCUGUGGAAAAGUAAGAAUAAA